AUGAAUCGUGAUCAAAUUUUGGCUGCUCUAAGUUCUGAUGAAGAUGUGUCUGAUAAUUCAUUUGUUGACGAUUCAGAUGCAGAUCCUGAUUUCAAUUUAAAUCUUUCGGAUGAUAGUGAUUUGGAGUAUGUUGAUGUUUCUGAUUCGAGUGACGAUGAUACCUCUAUUAUACCUAUUAUUCAAACACCAACUCAAACUGAACCAAAUUGGGGUCCUGUGAGUGAAAAUGUUAGCUGUCCAGUUUUCAAUGAACAAAAUGAAACGUUUGGAAUAAAUCCAGAUUUAUUUGAUACUUUAAUUGAUGGAAUGCCAUUUGAUUUUUUUUCCUUGUUCGUGGAUAACGAAAUUUUAAGUAUAUUAGUUAAUGAAACUAAUAGAUACGGAAAUAAUUUGUGUUCACUUCCUUUACGUCCUAAAUCUAGAUUGAAAAAAUGGACAGAAGUUAAUAUUGAUGAAAUGAAAACAUUUUUAGGUAUAGUUAUGUGGAUGGGGUUAACUCCGCAACCGAGUUUGGCAUCAUAUUGGAGUAAAAGUUAUUUAUAUCGUUCUGAAAUCCCAAAAUACAUGACCAGAAAUCGCUUUGAAAUUAUUUUAAGAACAUUUCACUGUUCAAACAAUGCAGAAUGCCCUCCAGGUGAUAGACUUUUCAAAAUUCGUAAUUUGGUAGAUUUAUUGGUGAUGAAAUUUAAAAUGUGGAACGUACCUUCUGAAAAUAUGUGUAUUGAUGAAUCUGUAAUUCCUUUCGUUGGACGAUUAUCAUUUCGUCAAUUUAUAAAAAAUAAACGACAUCGAUACGGAAUAAAAGUAUUUAAAUUGUGUAUUAAUGAUGGCUAUACAAUCGGCUUUAAAAUUUAUGCGGGCCAAGAGUCAGUACCUGGUGUAGGUGUUUCCACUAAAAUAGUAAUGGAGUUGGCCGAGGACUAUUUAGAUAAAGGGAGAACAAUGUAUACUGAUAACUGGUACACGUCAGUAACUCUUGCUAAUCAACUUCUUAAUCGGUCAACGAAUUUGGUGGGGACAUUACGUUCAAAUAGAAAAUUUAAUCCAGUAUCGGUUGUAAAAGCAAAAUUAAAAAAAGGAGAAAUUAUGUCAAGUCAAAGUCAAAAUAAUAUAGUUGUUCUUAAAUGGAAAGAUAAGCAGGACGUAUUAAUGCUAUCAACCAAACAUAAAAAUAAUACGGUAGUAGUGAAUAAUAAACGAGGAAAACAAGUUGUAAAACCUCAAAUGGUGAUUGAUUAUAACAAAGCAAAAGGGUCUGUUGAUAUUUGUGAUUUAAGAAGCUCAUAUCAUUCACCACUUCGGAGGUCAUUGAAAUGGUAUCGAAAAGUCAUGUUUGAAAUCUUAUUGAAUACGUGUUUAUUAAAUGCGAUGUCUUUGUAUACUGCUGUAACUUCAAAAAAAAUUAGUGUAACUCAAUUUCGUGAAAGUAUAAUUCAUAGUUUGAUUAAAAAAAUCGAAGUUCAACCAAGUGAAGAGAAACAUAUUCUUAUCAAUGCGCAACGAGGAAAAUGUUAUAUCUGUUACAAAGAAAUGGCUGAACAAGGUGGGAGACAACAUGCUCAAAAGAUCACACGUAGAGUUCAGACUAAAUGUACCAAAAUUUUUUCUGUACUUUUCAUUUCAAUGGCUAAAUUGAGUACCAAAUACGGUCUUCAAUAG